GUGCCGCCCGCGAUGUGGGCGGCAGAGGAGGAGGAGAGGAGGCCGCUGCUCGGCCCGCCGCCCUGCCAGGCAUACGGCAGCAACCGCGUGUUCGGGCGCCGCUGGCUGGUGCUCGGCAUCUUCUCGCUGCUCGGCUUCAUGCAGGGCCUGGUGUGGAACUCGUGGGGGCCGAUCCAGAACUCGGCCCGCCGCGCCCUGGGCUUCACCACGCCCGACAUCAGCCUGCUGGUGCUGUGGGGGCCCAUCGGCUUCGCGCCCUGCUUCCUCUUCACCUGGCUCAUGGACACCAAAGGCCUGAGACUAACUGUGGUGCUCGCUGCCUUGCUCAUGUCGAUUGGCACUUUACUGAGAUGUAUUCCCAUAAAUAAUUUAUUAAUCAAAAGAUGGUUGAUACACACAGGACAGCUGUUCAAUGGAUUAGCGGGUCCCGUGGUGGUGAACGCUCCUCCGUUUCUUUCAACAACCUGGUUUGCACCCGAUCAGAGGGCUACAGCCACUGCCAUUGCAUCUCUCUUCAACUACUUUGGAGGGGCUUGUGCCUUCUUGGUGGGCCCGCUGGUAGUUCCAGCCCCCAAUGGUACCACACCUCUGCUCACUGGCGACCUCAGUCAAAGCAAUGACUCCAUAAAGGAACACAUUCAAGCAUUGUUGUUUGCAGAAUUUGCUGUGACUAUUCUGCUGUUUGCUGUCGUGAUCGCCUACUUCCCAUCCCAACCUCCACUUCCACCCAGUAUAGCUGCUGCCAGCCAGAGGCUGAAUUACAGAACCAGCAUCUGCAGACUUCUGGGCAAUUUCAGAUUUUUAAUGAUUGCAUCGGCCUUUGCAAUGCCUCUCGGCAUCUUAGCAGGCUGGACAGGAGUGCUCGACAUAAUUGUAACGCCACUCAAGGUGAACCAGGUUGAUGCUGGUUGGAUUGGGUUUUGGUCAGUAAUUGGUGGCUGCGUUGUUGGAAUACUCUGUGCGAGAUUUGCAGACUUCUUCAGAGGAAUAUUAAAACUCAUCCUGCUGCUGUUGUUCUCUGGAGCCACAUUGUCAUCUGCAUGGUUUGCCCUCACCUGCUUCAACAGCGUCACCCAUCUACCUAUAACAAGAGUGACUUUAUACACAUCGUGCAUAUUGACUGGAAUAUUCAUCAUCAGCAGUGUUCCCUUCUUCUUUGAACUCUUUGUGGAGACUGUGUACCCAGUUCCAGAGGGAAUAACCUGUGGAUUUGUCACUUUUUUAAGCAACGUCUUCAUGGGAUUAUUGUUAUUGUUCCUGGCGUUUUAUCAUACAGAUGUUUCCUGGCUGAAUUGGUGCCUGACUGCAUCGUGUAUGUUCAGCCUUGUCCUUAUUCUGCUGUUCAAGGAAUCCUAUGAUCGACUCUACCUCGAUGUUCUGGUCUCUGUUUGACCACCCGCCGAAUGACGGAGGAAAUGAAUGGUUUUAAACCCCCCCCCCCCCCCCCCCCCCCCCCCCCGUAGAAUUGAAUUGCACACGUUAGGAUUUGCACUUUCUCCAAACAAAAAGGAACGGAUUAAACUCAGACCUGUUGAUUUUUUUCCACUAGUGUUUUAAAAGAAAACGUUGAACUUUGUGUAAGAAAUAAGAAUUGCUAAUUAAUAUUGUUAGAUUGGAAAUGUGUGUGAAAUAAUAAGCUAACGCGUGUUCUGUGAAUGAUGGGCUGUUUUAAGGAUGCGUGUUUAGGGUUUUGAUUAUGCAAUCGAAAGAGACAUGGCGGGCUGCAGUUAACAAUUCUAGGGAACUCUAGACGGUAACCACGGCUGAAUAAUCAAGCUUCAAUUUUAUUGUGGCAAAUGCCUUUCUGCUGCACAGUGGCGCAGCGGUAGAGUUGCUGCCUUGCAGCGCUGAUGACCCGGGUUCGAUCCCGACCACGGGUGCUGUCAGUUCAGAGGCCACGUGGGUUUUCUCCGAGAUUUUCGGUUUCCUCCCACACACCAAAGACAUACAGGUAUGUUGGUUAAUCGGCUUGGUGUGUGUGUGUGUAAAUUGUCCCUAGUGUGUGUGUGUAGGAUAGUGUUAAUGUGCCGGGAUUGCUGGUCGGUGCGGACUUGCUCCCGUGCUGUAACUUUAAACUAAAAUGAACUAAUUAUUAUUUGAUGCAAUUGAGUAAGAAAAACUUGGUGAUAGAUGUAAUGUCAAGUGUGUUCUUCCUGCGUUUGGAUUAAGCAGUACAGAACCCCUUGACAAGAUGGAGCUAAGGUCUGAAUUAUUAGAUUGUGUUGAGCCGCCAUUCGAUGGGCAUUCUAUGUUGCUACAGAUUGCACAGUACUGGAAUUGCCAAUGAGAGACAUUAGUAAAAUACCGAAUUGCAAAGUAACAGUUGCUGUUUACACUGUUAAUUAUCUCCUGAGAGAUUUCAGCAUCCAGCCACUGCUCACUGGUGCAUCACAUCAAAACCUAACGUGGAUCUUUAUUUUCUCAGUUAGUUCUGCUUUCAAUUUUUUUUUUUUUCUCUCUGUUCUGGCGCGGCCCACUGUAGUUAUCACCAGCUGGCAAUCACGAGCGACUGAUGCCCUGAAACUGAUGUGGGAGGAAAACUACUUGAAGCACAACAGCAGCCCAGAUACCAAGGGAUGCGUUACUGCAGGGACUGACAGCCUGUGUGCAUUUUCUCACCUCGAGAUUCUGCGAUUAGUUGCAAAUGGAUUGAGCGCUUACUGCCAUUGUCCAAACCCACAAGUUAAUUCUCAUCCUUAAAGUCAUAAAUGGCGGGAGCAGAUUUAGGCCUUUCUGCCCAUCAAGCCAGUCAAUCAUAGAAACAUAGAAAAUAGGUGCAGGAGUAGGCCCUUCGAGCCUGCACCACCAUUCAAUAUGAUCACGGCUGAUCUGCCUCUCCCUCCUAACCCCGUUCUCCUGCAUUCUCCCCAUAACCCCUGACACUCUUCAGAGUGGAGUUCCGACAGUAUAUUCUGGGACAUUGUUGGGCAGAGCCUGACUUUACCGUAGCCCCCUGUAGUUAUGUCCUGGCAAUCGUGUUCGCUUGUCCAAAGCCACUUCAAACUGUGUGUGAAUAAUUCUGCUUGAGUGUUUCUUCAAAAAAAUCUCUCUGUAGAUGACAGGGAACGGAGUUUUGUUCUUAUCAAAGUGACGCCGACAACAGCCAGAUUGGAACUGCAGGUGAUCAUCUGACGGAGGGGAGGUUCACGAGGUUGUCGAGUCUUUGCUGGUGUUUACAGAAUUAGAAUGCCUGGUGCAGCUAUCGUGCAUUUAAAAUAAGUCAACUAUUUUACCCAUGUUAUUUAUCUGUGUCCGUUACCUGUUUAGUUAAAAACAGGGCUGUUAAGCAUCUGCUAGCAAAGGCAAUAUUUUUCUUAUUUAUAUUUAAAAAAGAACCUACAUUUGUUCUGCAUUAUAGCAAGUUGGCAAUGAAAGAGAAAGCAGUUAAUCUGUUUUCAGAUCUCCUUGAUAUUAAAAGUGCUCUUCACGAUAUCUUGUUUUGGCAUGUCAAGGGCCCUUGUCUUCAACUUCUCAUGAAUACGUUUCUCUUUCAUCCACCCACUCUCCCGUUCACCACUGCACUAAGAUUAGAGAGUGAGUGAAAAGAUUGUAUCCAAUGCUUUCCCAUUAAAUAUGACGCAGGUGUGUAGAAUCAAUGAUAUAUAUAUUGAGAGAGAAAGAGGGGGCAGUGAUCUAGCUGUUCUAUCUUUCUCCACGAUAGACACAAAAUGCUGGAGUAACUCAGCAGGUCGGGCAGCAUCUCAGGAGAGAAGGAAUGGGUGAGGUUUCAGGUUGAGACCCGUGACCCUUCUUCUAGUCUGAAGAAGGGUCUCGACCCGAAACAUCACCCAUUUCUUCUCUCCAGAGAUGCUGCAUGUCCUGCUGAGUUACUCCAGAAUUUUGUGUCUAUCUUUGGUGUAAACCGGCAUCUGAAGUCCUUUUACUACACACUAUCUUUCCCCAUCAUGGUUCGCUCGCUCGUGUGUCAGACGACGCUCUGCCAUCGCUUUGCCACAGCCAGUGCCACAUCUGUGCCUGUGCGGAGAUCGUCCACAGACGGAGAGGGCCGGCCUUGACGAAGGCCCAUCCAUGACUCUGGUGGAUCUGGGCUCUCCUCCGCCAUCUGCCUUCCUUUCCCUUUGUUGUAGCUCGCUGUUGGCUUUUGGCGUCGUCUAACAUGUUGAAAGAAUUGGACGCCCGACGCGCUACAGAGUGCAUCGUGUCGUCCUUUCCGGGGAUCGCCACCAGGAGGCUUCUGUCAAGAUCCCCCCCCAUCAUGAUAAUAGGAUAGAAUUACAAAGAUUAACCGUUGUUAAGAAUUACAAUUCUUGUUUUUCCCAGUCCAAUAUUCCUAAGCCUUUAUAAACAUUGUCGAGUGGUAUACUUUUUCUCCUUUCUGUUCCAUGCUCUCUUUUGUACUUUGUGUCUUAAAUUACGAUUUUACUUUGAAGUACUAAGUCCUGAAAUUCAAGUUGCGUUUAAUAGUCCUCUAAGAUUUGCGAUUUAGAGCAACUGUGGGCUAUAGAUAUAUUUUCUAAGUUAUAAUAUUUGUAAGAGUCGGGUUGUUUUUAAACAUUCUGUAUUCUCACUGGUUUCGCAGUGUAUCUAUUUUUUCCCUGUGUUUGUGUGUAUUUUGUUUUUGCAGGGCAUUUCCUAAUUAAAAUGUGACGGUGUAAAUAAAAA